AUGUCUAUUGUGUCUAUAUCUACGACUUUUGAUCUCGGUGAUUGGGAUUUGAGUACUAUGCGAUUUGGGGUUAUCAGAGCAGUUGAUAUUUGGCGAUUGGAUUCGGAGAGAAAGAAGGCGUUCAAGGAAGACUGGAAACAAAUGUUGGAGAAAAUUACUUCUGUUCCGUGGGAUCAUGAUAUCAAUCGGUUAAGGGAUGCGAUGGCCAGUGUUUUGAGGAAAUACCGAGUUACUUGGAUCGAUCCUCGGAGUGAGAUUCAGUCCCCUUGGAAUUGCGCAUCACGUUGGUUUGUUUUAGGUUUUUGGAUUUUCUUCGCGAUGGGUUGGACGGUGACGAAAUUUUUUUAUUAUUAUUUUGGUUUCUGA